AUGGAAGAAUAUAUAGGAGCUUGCCUUAUUAUAAGAACAAAGACGGACACGCAUGUAGGCAGGCUGCAGCACAUAGAGCCAGAGAACAACAAAAUGGUGGUGGAGAUAUCUGGCACGCUGGCAGAAAUAAACCUAGAUGAUAUAAAUGAUGUCGAGCUGCUGGCAGAGGAAGAUAGCAUUCUUAUGAGCAAAACCAAAAAAGAAGAGAAAAAGGUCCCGUCUACCUAUAUAACAUACGACCUGUACAAAAAAAUAGUGGAAAUAUCGGACUCUAUGUACGGGCCCAGCAGGCGAGAAAUAGCAUACUCUGGGGCCAGGGGCGUGCUCCACCUGCUCGUGAACAUAUUCAGGCUUAUGGACAAGCGGUUUGUCAUAUACACAGGGUCCGGGCUUUUCUCAGAAAUUGGGGUGAUUCUGGCGAGGCUGUGCCUCCUGUAUGGGUCGGAUGUGGUUCUGGUGCCUUCUGAAAAGACGCAGAGCAUAGCUAGGGAGCUGUUCUACUACGAAAGAAACAACGGAGUCAUAUCAAACAAAAGAACCGAGCAGCCUGUUGUGAUAAUAGCAGACACAGAGGCCCGGGAAGAAAUGGUGUCUGGCGCCGAGAGGGUCAUAUUUCUGGGGGACUACCAGAACAUAUCAGGGCAAAACAUGGAAGCUAUAUUCUUUGGAGUGCCUGUGCAGGACCCAUACGAGUUCGCUGGAAACUCCAUACUUUGCGACGUGGGGCUGUCGCCAAAGGUCUUCAGCAAAUACAACAUCAGAAAGUACGCGCCAAAGCUGCUGCAGAAAAUAGCGAAACAGUAG